GGCUGUCGUGCGCUGGCUGCUGCUUUUCUGCUCCUGGAAGCGGCCGAGGGGGGAAGCGGCGAGUCAACAUGGAGCUUUCGGCGGUGGGGGAGCGGGUGUUCGCGGCCGAAGCCCUCCUGAAGCGGCGCAUUCGGAAAGGACGCAUGGAAUAUCUCGUGAAAUGGAAGGGCUGGUCGCAGAAGUACAGCACAUGGGAGCCCGAAGAAAACAUCUUGGAUGCUCGCCUGCUUGCAGCCUUUGAGGAAAGGGAAAGGGAGAUGGAGCUCUAUGGCCCCAAAAAGCGAGGACCCAAACCCAAAACCUUUCUUCUCAAGGCUCAGGCCAAGGCAAAGGCCAAAACCUACGAGUUCAGAAGUGACUCUACCCGGGGCAUACGAAUCCCCUACCCAGGCCGCUCACCCCAGGACCUGGCGUCCACUUCCCGAGCCCGGGAGGGCCUUCGGAACAUGGGUCUGUCCCCACCAGGGAGCAGCAGCAGCACUAGCAGCACCUGCCGAACAGAGACCCCUCGGGACCGGGACCGGGAGAGGGAGAGAGAAGGAGGCUCCAGCCGUAUGGAUGACAAGCCCAGCUCUCCUGGGGACAGCUCCAGGAAGCGUGGUCCUAAGCCUCGGAAGGAGCUCCUGGACCCCUCUCCCAGGCCUUUGGGAGAGGCCAGUGAUGGCCUCGGAGAGUACCUCAAAGGCAGGAAGCUGGAUGACACCCCUUCCGGGACUGGAAAGUUCCCAGCCGGCCACAGUGUGAUCCAGCUGGCCCGGAGGCAAGACUCCGACUUGGUGCAAUGUGGUGUGACCAGCCCUAGCUCAGCUGAGGCUACUGGCAAGCUGGCUGUGGACACCUUUCCAGCCAGGGUCAUAAAGCACAGGGCCGCCUUCCUGGAGGCCAAAGGCCAGGGCACCCUGGAUCCUGGUGGCCACAGGGUCCGGCACAGUUCAGGCACUGCAGGCUCAAUGGGGAGCCUGUAUCGGGACAUGGGGGCCCAAGGAGGAAGGCCCUCCCUCAUCGCCAGAAUUCCAGUGGCUAGAAUCCUGGGGGACCCAGAGGAAGAGUCCUGGAGCCCCUCUCUGACUAACCUGGAGAAGGUGGUGGUCACCGACGUGACCUCAAACUUUUUGACUGUCACCAUUAAGGAAAGUAACACGGACCAAGGCUUCUUUAAAGAGAAAAGAUGAAUCGCUGGGGCAGGAAGCCCAGGACAAGAGCAGGCGAGAGUGAGCGCAAACUUGGCAUAGUGCUUUUUUAUUUUGGGGUGGGAUGUGGCCUUCUGGCUGGUCCUGUCCCUAAUUUCACACCCCUUCAGCCCCUUUCAUUCCUCCUUACUCAGUUCUGGUUGGAAAAUUAUCUCUAGAGUUCUAUUUUCUAUUAGAUGUAAAUGUGUUAUUUAAGAAAAAUAUCUAAAUAUAUAUAUUUCAA